AGAUGUCGGUGGGAGCUGGCCAGGAAAGCGGGAGGCCCCUCAAAGGGCCUUUGAGAGCCGAAGACACCUCCACUCGAGUGAUCACCACCGUCUUCAUUGCACUCCUCAUUGACCUUUUGGGCUUCACACUCAUCUUGCCGCUCCUGCCUUCCAUCCUCGAUCACUACAGCAAGAACGAUGAUGGAUUGUACAUGACCUUGCAGCACGGGGUGGACAGGUUUGCCGCAAUGGUUGGUGUGCCUCCGGAAAGGAAGUACAACAGUGUCUUGUUCGGAGGUCUGAUUGGCUCCAUGUUCUCCAUCCUCCAGUUCUUGGCCUCUCCCCUCACAGGGGCUGCAUCGGAUUGCUUCGGGAGGAGGCCAGUCCUGCUCUUGACUGUGGUGGGCCUGAUAGCCUCCUAUUCCUUGUGGGCUGUUUCUAGGAGCUUUGAGCUCUUCCUCUUCUCCAGAGUCAUUGGUGGAAUCAGCAAAGGGAACGUCAGCCUCUCCACAGCCAUCAUUGCUGAUCUGGGCUGUCCGCGAGCACGAAGCAAGGGCAUGGCAAUGAUUGGCGUGGCCUUCUCCUUGGGCUUCACCCUGGGCCCCCUGCUGGGAGCAUCCCUGGCCCUGGAGACGGAGAAGGGAGAACUCUUCUAUCUUUGGGCAGCUCUCUUCGCUGUCAUGUUUGCAGUUGCUGACCUGGCUUUCAUUUUCUUCUUGCUACCAGAGACGCUCCCCAAAGAAAAACGGGUGUCCUCUGUGACUUCUGGUUUUCAGUCAGUCACCGGCCUCCUCAGUCCAUGGGCUUUGUUCCAGUUCUCUGCAGUAAGCCACAGAAUGGAUCCCCCAUCAAAAAAGAAUCUCAGGAUCUUAGGGCUGGUGUAUUUCCUUUAUCUCUUCUUGUUCUCUGGUCUGGAAUACACUCUGAGUUUUCUCGUCCAUCAGCACUUCCAGUUCAGCAGCAUGCAACAAGGGAAGAUGUUUUUCUUCAUUGGAAUUACAAUGGCCUUGAUCCAGGGUGGCUACACUCGCCAAAUCAAGCCAGGAAAAGAACUCAAGACUGUAAAAAGGGCAAUUUUGUUGUCAAUUCCUGCUUUCCUUUUAAUCGGCUGGAGUGGAGGCAUGAUCCACUUGAGUGCAGGAUUGCUGCUCUACUCCUUUGCUGCCGCCGCCGUGGUCCCUUGUUUGUCCACAGUUGUCUCAGGCUAUGGGCCUGCAAGCCAAAAAGGAGCCGUGAUGGGCAUCUUAAGGAGCCUGGGGGCCCUCGCCAGAGCCAUGGGGCCCAUCCUGUCCGCUGCAGUCUACUGGCUGGUGGGAGCCGAAGUCUGUUUCACUGCCUGUGCCUUUUUGUUCUUGAUCCCCUUCGUCCUGCUUGGAGGCAUCCAGGAGCAAGCAAAAGAAGAAUAAGCAGCCCUGCCGUUUCCCCAGGAAUGCAGCUAUGGCUGGCCAAGAAAGCCGUUUAUGGGGCCUCGUCUGG